GUCAUGGCUCCCGCGGCUAUCGAAGAAAGCCAGAACCAGCAACGUCCUGCUGAGACGUCUAUUGAUUACAGCAAGACGGAGUACAAAUAUUCCCGUUAUCUGCCCUACUUCACUCCUGGCCUACAACCGCCCCUAAAAGAAUUCAAGCAUGAGGACCCUGGACUGCGCGCCGAUCCGUCCUACAAAGCGCUACUCGGCGAAGGUGUCAAAGCCGUUGAGAUAACGCCGAAUAUCGGGACAGAGCUACAGGGUAUCCAGCUGAGCUCCCUCAACUCUACUCAGCGGGAUGAACUAGCCCUCCUCGCCGCAGAACGCGGCGUUGUACUCUUCCGCGACCAGGAUUUCGCGGAUAUCGGGCCUGACAGGCAGCGGGAGUUUGGUGCGCAUUUUGGGCCGCUCCACAUUCAUCAAAUGGGUGGUCAUAUCAAGGAUUUCCCAGAGAUCCUUCCGGUUUAUAGGGACUUUGUGAGCGGAGCGCGCGACAAUGAGAUCUCAAACAACGUCAGCAGCAUUAAAUGGCAUUCUGAUAUGACUUACGAGAUAAACGGAAUGGGAACAACCAUCUUCUACCCCCUGGAAGUACCAGCUUCUGGAGGUGACACCCUGUACUUAUCCACCACUGCAGCGUACGAACACCUCUCCGCGGACUUUCGCGCACGUCUGGCUGGAUUGCAGGCAACGCAUUCUGGAUUCUCGCAGGCCUCUGUGCAUGACCAUCGAGACCGGUAUAUUCGUGAACCGAUUGAGACGGUCCAUCCUAUCGUCCGCACCCAUCCGGUGACGAAAAAGAAGAGUCUCUAUGUCAACCGUCUGUAUACGCGGAAGAUUGUCGGAUGGAAGGAAGAAGAAAGCCAAACAAUCCUCAACUUCCUCUACGACCACAUCGAAAAGGGCCAAGACUGGCAUAUUCGCAUCCACUGGACGCCUGGGACGGUUAUUGUUUACGAUAACCGCGUUACGCAGCACUCGGCAUUACGCGAUUUCAGCGUGAAGGAGGCCAGCACGAGGAGGCACAUGGUGAGGAUUACCCCGCAGGCUGAACGGCCAUAUGAGGAGUGAUUGGCGGGCUUGGUAUUGCUGAAGAGUUGUUCUGGACUAUCUGGGGUGGUGGUGGUGAUUUGAUUAGAGGUGGUUGUAGUCAUUGAUCCUUGUGGUUGCGCCAUACCGUUGGCUGAUAAGGAGCUUUUAUAUGCUGGAAUUACUGUUUCUGUGACGGCUUCAUGGGCGACAUUCCUAAAAUAGGACUAUUGUUGGAUUGGUUGGCAUUAUCGUGAAACGUCUAUACUUCGUCUACAACCAGAUAUCAAACCUCCCACCACGCCUCAUGAUACCCCCGUAAAUCAACACCAUCACCUGUAGUCGCCUCCUGCUUCAGAUAAUACGUAAAGUCCACUUCCUUCGCAGGAUCACCGCCAUCCUUCGCCGCAACGUCCCUGCUCGUCCACCCGUUCCCGAAAUACCCAAACCGGUUCCCUUGGCUAUUAUGAUACGUAUACUCAAAGUCCUCCCAUCUCACAUCCCUUCGAAUGUAGUUCACAUG